AUGGCCUUAUCCUUCUCUUAUGACCAUGAUUAUGAGCCCCUAGGACUGUACCAGGCCUGUUGUGCAGCUGAGAAACUGACAUUACCAUAUGCCUAUGAAGGCCAAGAUUACAUCGCCCUGAACGUUGACCUGAAAACCUGGGCGAUGGCGGACAUGGAGGCGCUCAUCACCCCAUGCAAGUGGGAGCAGGCUGAUAAGGCAGAACAUUACAAGACCUACCUGGAGAGCACCUGUGUGGAGUGGCUCCAAAGAUACCUGGAGCUUGGGAAGGAGAUGCUGCUACCCCCAAACACAAAAGUGAAGCAUCAUCCCAGACCUGAUGGUGAUGUCACCCUGAGGUGCUGGACCCUGGGCUUCUACCCUGCUGACAUCACCCUGACCUGGCAGUUGAAUGGAGAGGAUCUGACCCAGGACAUGGAGCUUGUGGAGACCAGGCCUGCAGGGGAUGGAGACUUCCAGAAGUGGGCAGCUCUGGUGGUGCCUUCUGGAGAGGAGCAGAGAUACACAUGCCAUGUGGACAAUGUGAGGCUGCCUGAGGUCCUCACCCUGAGAUGGGAACCUCCUCAGUCCAUCAUCCUCAUUAGAACCAUUGUUGGUGCUGUCCUCGGGGCUGGAAAAGAUGUGUCAGGGAGCAAGCAGGCCUGGUGA